AUGAAGCCGUCAGCAGAGUUGGAAGCACCAACAGACCGGAAGCGCAAACGUGCAGCACGUCAGCCAUCGCCGGAGGACACCAGGAAGCAGAAGACGCUUCAGUCUCUAUUCACCAACCAGCAGAAGCCUCACUCGAACCCGACAGUGAAUUCGCCGAGCAGCAAACGACACAGGACAGACUUGGGACCUCCGAGCACGCCACCACGAGCUUUGCCAAAGUCAGCUAUGUACUCCUUCCCAUCUCGAUCACCAGCUUCGAAAGGAUCAAAUGGCGUCAUCGACCUCACAAAUGGUAGCCCACCAGUAUCACCCCAGGCUCGAAGAGUAGGCGGACGAUCAGGUUUGAACCCACACAUUGGAGCAAAGAAGCUCGUGGUCAAGAAUCUCAAGACGAACAAUACCUGGGACAGCAAGGCGUACCUCGAGAAGAUAUGGGGACAGCUAGACGCCGCACUAGCCAUCAUCUUCAAGGAUGGCAAGGAAGGUUUCAGCCGGGAGGAUUUGUAUAGAGGCGUGGAGAAUGUGUGUAGGCAAGGUGGAGCACGGACACUGUUCGAGAGGCUAGAUGGCAGAUGUCGGCAACAUAUCGAACGAGACAUGCGAGACCCGUUAUUAGAAAAGAGUGGAGCGGAUAACGUGACGUUGCUUAAGGCUGUUCUCGCCGAGUGGGCACGCUGGAAGGAGCAGAUGGUCACUAUCCGAGCUGUCUACUUCUUCCUGGAUCGAUCAUACCUGCUCUCCUCAAGCAAACCAACACUAUCGGAGCUUAUACCACAGCUCUUUCGCGAGAUUGUCUUCAGUCACGAGCUGCUGACGUCGAAGAUUGUGGACGGUUCUUGCGAUCUGGUCGCCUCUGAGCGGACCACACAGAACAGCUAUGAUGACAGCUUGUUUCGACAAGCAGUGGAUAUGUUCCACGAGCUGCAGGUCUACACGUCUUCAUUCGAGCCGAGAUUCUUGGGCACUACGCAGAAAUACGUCGCUGAGUGGUCCGAUGAGCAGAUCGCAGAGAGGACUGUACCGGAGUUUGUUGCCAUAGCAGAGAAGUUCAUCGCUACGGAGAUGACAAGGUGCGAAGAUUAUGCACUAGAUGCAAGCACAAGGAGAGACCUGCUGGCUUUACUCGAGGACCAUUUUGUCACGCGGAAGGAGACCGAUCUGACAGAGUACGAGCCUCUUGCGAAGCUGCUGGACAAAAGCCAGCUCUCAGAACUCACCGCGCUCUACGCUCUCCUCAACCGAAGACGGAUUGGCAACAAGCUGCGGCCAGCAUUCGAGAGGUGGGUAGACGAAACAGGCACAAGUGUGGUUUUCGGCAAGGAAGAUGACAUGGUUAUCAGCCUCCUCUCGCUCAAGCGCAGACUGGACCUGGUGUGGAAGACGGCAUUUAUGCGUGACGAACAACUUGGUCAUGGUCUACGAGAGACUUUCGAGAUGUUUAUGAACAAGACGAAAAAGGGUGAGGCGACAUGGGGUACUGACAACACCAAAGUUGGCGAAAUGAUUGCAAAGUAUGUCGAUCAGCUACUUCGUGGUGGCGCGAAAGCGAUACCGGACAUUCUGACAGCAAGGAGAGCAUCGAGCAUCACUGGUCCAGCUCCAGGUCUGCAGCUUGAACGGAUUACAACCGCAGAGGGCGCCAUCGAUGAGAAUAAUGAGGAAGAAGAUCUGGACGAAGACUCGGAGAUCAACCUCCAACUCGACCAAGUCCUCGACCUGUUUCGUUUCGUGCAUGGCAAAGCAGUCUUCGAGGCUUUCUACAAGAAGGAUCUCGCUCGUCGUCUCCUUAUGGCUCGCUCAGCGUCAGCAGAUGCCGAGCGAAGUAUGCUUACUCGCCUCAAGACUGAGUGUGGUAGCGGUUUCACGCAGAAUCUGGAGCAGAUGUUCAAGGAUGUUGAGCUGGCGCGAGAAGAACUGCAGUCGUACAAGCAGCGUCUCGAGGACCGGAUAGGGUACGAGAAGGGCAAAGGUGUUGACCUGAGUGUGAACAUCCUUAGUGCGGCGGCUUGGCCGACAUAUCCAGACAUACCCGUCGUUGUACCUUCUAAUGUUAAGAGGGCUAUUGAUGACUUUGAGUUGCAUUACAAGUCGAAGCAUACAGGUAGGAAGCUGGAUUGGAAGCAUGCUCUCGCUCACUGCCAAAUGCGAGCAAACUUCAAGAAGGGCGCAAAGGAGCUCGUGGUCUCCUGCUUCCAAGCGGUAGUGCUCUUACUCUUCAACAACGUGGCAGACGACGAGCAUCUGACAUACAACCACAUCCUUACCGAGUCCGGAUUGCCUGAAGCAGAAGUAAAACGCACCCUACAAUCACUCGCCUGCGCCAAACUCCGCCCACUCACCAAACACCCCCGUGGCCGCGACGUCAACGAAACCGACACCUUCACCCUCAACUCCGACUUCAGCCACCCCAAAUACCGCGUCAAAAUCAACCAAGUCCAACUCAAAGAGACGAAAGAAGAAAACAAGGAAACCCAUAUCCGUGUAGCCGAAGACAGGAAUUUCGAAUGCCAGGCUGCUAUCGUGAGGAUCUUGAAGAGUCGAAAGACGAUCGGGCAUCCGGAGCUGGUCUCGGAGACGAUCAAGGCGACGAUGAGUAGAGGUGUGCUGGCGGUGGGCGAUAUCAAGAGGAAUAUCGAGAGGUUGAUUGAGAAGGAUUACAUGGAGCGGGAGGAGGAUGGGAGGUAUAGUUACAUUGCUUAG